AUGUCUGAUGACCAGGGGCCACCUCAGAAAACAGUGUCACCUAAACAAGAACAUGAAGAUAGGAAACACGACAAAGUCACCGAUAAAGGAAGUGAAAGCGGGACUUCCUGCAAUGAGCUCUCCACCUCCAGUUGCGACAGCCACUCAGAGGCCAGCACUCCCCAGGACAACCCGCCCAACGCCUCUCAGGCAACGGCUCACCCACCUAACACCUUGACAUUGGAUCGCCCCUCCAAAAAAGCUCCCGUUCAAUGGAUGCCCCCACCAGACAAACGCAGAAACAGUGAACUCUUUCAGACACUCAUCAGCAAGUCCCGGGAAACAAAUCUUUCCAAAAAGAAAGUCUGCGAGAAGCUGAGUGUGGAAGAAGAAAUGAAAAAGUGUAUUCAGGAUUUUAAAAAAAUCCAUAUUCCAGAUUAUUUUCCGGAGCGCAAACGCCAAUGGCAAUCUGAACUACUACAGAAGUACGGGUUAUAGUGAUGAUCAUGUUCCUGCAGUAUUUUGAUGACAUUUAAUGUUUACUACAACGUCAUGCUGCUCUUCCUUUGUGUGAACAGUGGAUGUGGGACAGUAUUUUCUUUUAUUCUUUUGUUGUUGUUGUUUUUAGAAACAUGAUUUUAAAAAAGGAAAAAAAAAUGAAGUCAAUACUUGUCAAAUGAAAAUGGUGGAUCUGAGUCAAUCCAUAUUGCAAGAAUGAAAGCAAAAUGUGCAUGAUCAAGAAUCUUAGAAUCUUGAUUUUUGGACUGUGGUCAACUGGACAUGUUUGUCAUUUUAUAUCUCACCAAAAACAAACCAUUGUAUCAUACCAACUACAAUGACAAUGUGAGUUAAGCAACAUCAAGCAACAUUUUAGAUGAUGGUUUUAGGACCUAACUCCAAAACUGUCUAAAUGUUAAUGCAAUAAAACAGGUAUUAUUUUUUGCAUGAGCACAAUGUUACAAAUAAAUCACAAGAAAUAGGGAAGAUCUGUUUGUUGCUUGGAAAGAAAAAAAAUACAAAAAAAAAAAAGCAAAAAAAAAAAAAAAGUUUUAGGCAAAGCCUAUAAAUGUAAACUGUCUUGGAAACUGGAUUUUCUUUGUUCCGGAUCUGUGAUUUUUUUGUGUAUGUGUAUGGUGUUUAUAUAUGUUAAGAUGGUGUAAAUAUGCCUUAUACUGUUGUGUUAUGGCACCAACAUUCAUCUAUUAAUGCUAGUCAUGAUUAUUUCUGUGAAAUGAGUCUUUUACAUCAGGCUGUGAAAAUUGGUAUAAUAAUGCUCUGAAAGAUCCUAUUAUCAUGUUAAUCAAAAUAACAGAGGGAAAUGGUAAAGAGCUUUAUGUAUUAUUAAAAAAAGGAAAAUGUGUUAGAA